AUGUCCACAGUUUCCGGUCUCCGGCGGGUUAUUCGCCGCUUUCUUGCAAACCAGAUUGACGCCCAAGACAUGGCAAAAGCCCUGGAGCUUCCUAAGAAGCCUGAGCCCCUCCCGAUUACCUCACUAAGUCUACCAGAAAUACAGAAGAUCCUUGGUCUCACUCUGGUUGUCGAUGAUGAGUUCGACUUUAUUGCACCUAUUCCCGUCCCGCAAGGUCUCAGACAAUGGUUGGAAAUAGCGGACCGCGCUCAUGGUGCUAGCUGUGCAAACGAAGCCAGCAUCCGCUGCAAACUUAACCUCCUCCUCCUCUGCGCCCAUGAUCUGGCAUUGUCGUCUUCCAAAAAAUCUACGAGACGCUUGAACAUUCAGAUGGAAUGGAUGUGGGCGUAUAGCCCUGUGAAAUUCGAAGGCAAGACACGGACGCUGUCGGGGCGUCCCGACUAUGGCAUAUGGUACGGAGAGAAGGAAGACCUUGACUUGAACGCUGUCAUCAUAGAGGCCAAGAGACCGAAUUGUGGUAGCGAAGGGGUUCCACAAGCACUCGCAUAUAUGGGGUGCAUACAUAAGCAGCGCAAAGACGUUGGCAAGGAAGACACCACCGUCUACGGUAUCUCCACUGAUGCCAUGAAUUUCACGUUCAUGAAGCUCGACAAUGAGUCUCGAUGGUCGUUCAAACCAAUUGGCAUCGUUGGAAAUGGGUUCGAGCAAGUGCUUGGUCUGCUGGUCUACAUAAUGAACAAAGCAGUGUCAAUGUCCCCCGCCACCUCCAAACGCACGUCUCGCCGAGCCCAACAAGGGUCAGGGGAGUCUGACCUGAGCUUCGACUAUGACCCUGAGAUGGAUGAAGUUGAAUGA